AUGGACCAAAUUUUAAGAGCAAUAGUGGCUUCAGAUCAUCCUGAAAACGUCAAAAAGUCCUUAAUUCAACAACUUGUCUCGAAAGCUGGCGGUAAUGUUGCUGAUGAUCAGAACAGAGCUCUGUUUGAAAUUGGGACCGAAUGGAUGAUUAAAGACGGUUCAGUCUUUCUCAAUGACAGUGGAAAACUUGUCCUUACAACGUGGGUAAAACGACAAAAAGACGUCUUUCAAAAGUAUUUUACUGAGGGAUAUCUUCUUUCCUUCCUCGCUGAACGCGAGAAAAUGUCUCUUAACUGUGUUGAAUAUCUACGGACCUGCUUUGACUUAAUGCAGCACAACUCGCAGAUAUUCUCUUUGUACACGGCUGUGCGUCACAGAGCUCAUAUGUGGGUGGAAAAGAAUUCAGAUAUAGACUUUUGUGCGGUUGUGGCAAGGCUUUUGAUCGAGUAUGAUCACUGCUGGCCAGUUGGGGAAAAUUUGCUCCAGUGUAACUUGUCUUUGAUCAAAGCCUUGAGUAGAACAGAACUCCCCAAAACAUCAAAGGAAGAAAUGAAAGCUUGUCUUCAGAAUUGUGCGAUGAUUGCUGCUCUGUUGAAUAAGAUGUGGGUGAAAAAUCAAGCCCUGUUGUUUCCUGUCUUAACUGAAAUUUUUAAGAUUAUUUCAAAUGUAGGCCCCAAUCCGUCUGUAGCCGUUGCUUCUGUAGUACAGUACUUUUCUACUGACAUUAUAGACAAUGCAACAAGUCUUGCUGCCUCUAAUCCAUCAGUUUCAGAUGAAAAUCUGUCUCUUUCACUGUGUCGUAUGAUUAAUUGGCUUUCAUGGCCUGGAGUUAAAAAGGUGGACCAGUGGAUUAUUGGGUUUUUAAAGGCUUUGGCAAGUGCUAAAAAACAUUCAAUCCUCAUUUCUGUUACUCUCAAAGAAGUCGCACAGGUAUGGGCAACAUGGUUAAUUAGGUUUAAUGUCACUUUGUUCCAAAAUCAGAUCUUUGCAAUCCAGAUCGUUCCAUUUUAUAGUCAGAUUAUCCCACAGUUUCAGUGUAUAACUCUAUAUGAAAUGCACUUUUUUGGCCUCUUGGCUUAAAGAUUGAGGAAUACACGUGAGUUAUGCCCCUGUUUCUGCUGGUGGCUUCAAGACUUAUGAAAAGUUCUGACUAUAUUGUGGAGCGAUCUGCCUAUCAAGUGGAACAAUCUGACUUGGAAUCAUCUGACCAUGGAAUGAAGUGACUGGAUAUCAGUAACAUUGUAGGCUAGUCGUAUAGAUAUAUGCUGUCCCAAGGCUCUGCUCUAAGAAAAACUGAAAGGAGCUCAAACCUCUGAACCUGUGAAAUCCAGGGUGCUCAGCAUAUGAUUUCUAUAAAUAAAUAAAAAAACAGGCAACCAGUUGCCAAAGGCACUGAGAGGCACCAGGGACCACCACGUGAAAAAGUUCACCAAUCAUUUCAACUGUAUCCAUGAGUACAACUGAUUUAAAUGCCAGAAUAGUGGAAUUGCAAAUGGAUCUUGCUAAAUUUUCAUAUAGUUUCAAGGGCUGUUUGACAUUUUUUUGGUGGUCACACGUUUCCCCAAGAACAACUAGCUUUUCUGAGCUAUCUUCCUUUGAGAAUGAUUUUUGUAGUUCCUUUUGCAAGGAUUAAAAAUAACCCAAUUUGGCUUUUUUUAUGCCAAAAAUUUCUCUGUGACUUCAAAUAAUUCCCACAGUGAGUCACUUUGACUCCAUUGAAGAGUUCCCAAAUGUUCAGCAGAAUUUUGUUUUCUGUCAACCAAAAUGCUAAAACUUGUUAGAUUCCUAAAGAAAAAAUACAAAAUCAAACGAGCUGGCAGUCUUCCGUUUUUAACUAAUAUUGUAACUCUUUUUGGUCAGCAGUUAGAACUCCCUCACCCACUACCUUCAUGUGAUGGUGGUAUGAAGUACCUGCUACCUCCCGUUGCACAAAAUUGCUGCCUCUUUGACUUUACACUUUCAAAAAUGACUCCAAUAUUUGUGGAGGAGUCAAAGUGGUUUCAAAGGGAGAGAGAAAUUUUUAUCCCUGCUUUUGAGUAUUUUUUGUUUUGUUAAUGAUCAAAUUCUGUUGAGCAUCUCUAAUGUCUUGUAAUGGUAAUCUGUUUUCUUUUCUUUCCUGUUAUUGAUAGGUCUUUAGUCGAUUGUUAUUCCCCAUAGUUCGUGAGAGCACAAUGGUCGUUUUAUCUCACAUGCUACUCAGCUUUCAACACUCGCCACAAGCUUUUCAUGAGGUAAUUCUUUUAAGCUGUCUUCAGUAGAAUAAUGAUAGUGAAUUAAAUAUUAGUCACCAUAUCCAGGAGAUAAAUAGUUAAAAUUCCCAUAACCAACAACCCCAAAUGCCCAGAUUUGGUGGUUUUUUGUAUGCAGCGGUUACUUUUGAGGGGUAGCUGCUUAUUAGGUGUGCUUGCAUGUGGAGGUUUGACUCAAGACUGUAUUCGAUAUUCGACUUUCCUCAACCAAGUUUCCUUACUCUGUGUAAAUGGAAGAACAAGAUAAUGUCGAAUAUUACCCCUUGCCAACACCAAACAAUGUCAGAGCAUUGUAGAAUGGACUGUGAGCACUGACUAAUACAUUGUUACUUAGAGAAGGAGUGAUGUUUGUGCUUCAAAAUGUUAUUAAGUUCUCUCUACCGGUAUGGAUCAUUUCUAACUUGCCCCUAGCAUCUUUUAUUGUAAAUAUAGUAAGAGGAAAGCAUUUGUGACUUCUCACGUGUUUGGAAACACUUUUGCAAAAUGUUAGUCAUGGUGAACUGUUUAAACCUGGAUUGUAAUUUUGGCAGGUCAGUACCUUUUUGCCUUCCAUGAAAUGCAAGAUCAAACCUGAUGUAUAAUAUGGAAGUUGUGAUAUAAACAUAUUCAGAAAAACUGUAUCCCUCUUGGUGAGGAAAAAUGUUUAUUGAUUAUAGCUCAUUUCAUUUCUGUUUUUUUUUUCUAGAUUGUGGAGCACGUACCAAGCCUUGUACAGAAUCUAAAAACAGAAAAUUCUGUAUCCUCACUGUCUACUUUACAAAUGUUGGCAGAACUUAUGCACUGCCUCAUGUAUCAACACACAGGCUUUCCUGAGCUGUAUGGUCCAAUUCUUGAUUGUCUCCAGGUAACAGAGGAUGUUCAUUAAUAUUUGGAGCUGGAAACUAGUGGUUGUGGUAGUGAAUGUAAAUCAGGGCUCAAAAAAGGCUUGAAUAAUUUCCAGCUUGUCCUUUGGGCAAGCAGUUGUCACAUUUUGCUUGGCCGGGUCACUUCUUGCUGGUCUUAGUUAAUGAUUUAGUUAGAAGAAGACUUGCUUAGACACUUGCCCAUCAGGCAAGUGAAUUUUAAAAGUUACUUGCCCAGCAAGAAAAUCUUCUUGUUCUGGAUGACCUGACGAGACUUUUUCCAAGCCCUGGUAAAUUUGUUAAUGUGCUAAAUUUCAUUUAUGUCUUGUUGUAGGAUUUGCCCAAACCCUCAGAAGUGAUGAUUCGCAAGUGGCUUGCCCAGAGUGCUUGGUCAGCUCGCUCUGUUAGCAUUCCAUUGGCUGGUUUUACUCCUAAAUCAGAAACUGGAAAAACUGGUUUAGUCAACUUGGGUAACACUUGUUACAUGAACAGCGUGAUACAGGCUCUAUACAUGCUAGAGGAGUGAGUUAUCGUUUGUAUCUUAUUUUAUUUUUACUUAUUUUGGCUGUAAACCUUCCACCAGUUAGAGUCGAUUACAGUGAUACUGGAUAACAUAGCUUGAGUAAACAGCUGACAUUUCACAAUGCUAGCACUGGUUUCCCCACAAAAUGAUGUCUGAGAAACAAGUGCAGAAAUUCGCUGUGUAUGACAUGUCACCGCCCAGAAUAUGGGUGUUUUAAAGGCUUUGGCAAGUGCUAAAAAACAUUCAAUCCUCAUUUCUGUUACUCUCAAAGAAGUCGCACAGGUAUGGGCAACAUGGUUAAUUAGGUUUAUAGUCACUUUGUUCCAAAAUGAGAUGUUUGCAAUCCAGAUCGUUCCAUUUUAUAGUCAUAGUAUCCCACAGUUUCAGUGUAUAACUCUAUAUGAAAUGCACUUUUGUGGCCUCUUGGCUGUUUCUGCCGGUGGCUUCAAGACUUAUGAAAUGUUCUGACUACAUUGUGGAGCGAUCUGACUAUUAAGUGGAAUGAUCUGGCUUGGAAUGAUCUGAUCAUGGAAUGAAGUGACUGGAUAUCAGUAACAUUGUAGGGUAGUCCUAUAGAUAUAUGCUGUCCCAAGGCUGUGGUCUAAGAAAAACUGAAAGGAGCACAAACCUCUGAACCUGUGAAAUCCAGGGUGCCCAGCAUAUGAUUUAGUCAACCAGUCGCAAAAGACACUGAGAGGCACCAGGGACCACCACGUGAAAAAGUCCACCAAACAUUGCAAAUGUAUCCAUGAAUACAACUGAUUUAAAUGUCAGAAUAGUGGAAUCGCAAAUGGAUCUUGCUAAAUUUUCAUAUAGUUUCAAUGGUUGUUUGACAUCUUUUUGGAGGUCACACAUUACCCCAAGAACAACUAGCUUUUCUGAGCCAUCUUCCUGUGAAAAUAAUUGUAGUUCCUUUUACAAGGAUUAAAAAUAACCUAAUUUGGCUUUUUUUUUACGCCAAAAAUUUCUCUGUGACUCCAAAUAAUUCUCACAGGGAGUCACUUCGACUCUGUUGAAGAGUUCCCAAAUGUUUAGCAGAAUUUUGUUUUCUGUCAACCAAAAUGCUAAAACUUGUUAGAUUCCUAAAAAAACAAUACAAAAUCAAACAAGCUGGCAGUCUUCCAUUUUGAAUUAUUGUAACUCUUUUUUGGUCAGCAGUUCUCCCUCGCCCACAUACUUCAUGUGAUGGUGGUAUGAAGUACCUGCUCCCUUCCAUUACACAAAAUGGCUGCCUCUUUGACUUAACACUUUCAAAAAUGACUCCAAUAUUUGCGGAGGAGUCAAAGUGGCCUCAAAGGGAGAGAGAAAUUUUUUAUCCAUGCUUUUGAGUAUUUUUUGUUUUGUUAAAGACCAAUUUCUGUUAUGCAUCUCUAAUUUCUUGUAAUGGUAAUCUGUUUUUUUUUCUUCCUUUUUUUGAUAGGUCUUUAGUCGAUUGUUAUUCCCCAUAGUUCGUGAAAGCACAAUGGUCGUUUUAUCCCACAUGCUACUCAGCUUUCAACACUCGCCACAAGCUUUUCAUGAGGUAAUUCUUUUAAGUUGUCUUCCCUAGAAUAAUGAUGAUGAAUUUAAUAUUAGUCACCAUAUCCAGGAGAUGAACUGUUAAAAUUCCCAUAAGUGACAACCCAAAUGCCCAGACUUGGUGUUCAUUUACAUGAGUUGGUUACUUUCGAGGGGAAGGUGCUUAUUUGAUGUGCUUGCCUGUGGAGGUUUGACUGUAUGCUAUAUUUGACUUACCUCAACCAAGUUUCUUUACUCUACGUGUGGAAUUACCCCUUGCCAACACCAAACAACGUUGGAGCAUUGUAGAAUGAAUUUUGAACACUGACUGACAUAUUGUAACUUACAGAAGGAACACAAUGAUGUUUGUGCUUCAAAAUGUUGUUAGGUUUUCCCUACCCUUAUGGAUCAUUAUUUUGUAACUUGCUCCUAGCCUCUUUUGUAGUAUUUGAAGUAAGAGGAAAGCAUUUGUGACUUCUGACAUGUUUGGAAAUGCUUUUGCAAAAUGUUAGUCAUGGUAAACUGUUUAAACCUGGAUUGUAAUUUUGGCAGAUCAGUACUUUUUUGCCUUCCAUGAAAUGCAAGAUCAAACCUGAUGUAUAAUGUGGAACUUGUGAUAUAGACAUAUUCAGAAAAACUGUAUUCCUCUUGGUGAGGAAAAAUAUUUAUUGAUUAUAGCUCAUUUCAUUUUUGUUUUUUGUUUUUUCUAGAUUGUGGAGCAUGUACCAAGCCUUGUACAGAAUCUAAAAAAAGAAAAUUCUGCAUCCUCGCAGUCUACUUUACAAACGCUGGCAGAACUUAUGCACUGCCUCAUGUAUCAACACACAGGCUUUCCUGAGCUGUAUGGUACAAUUCUUGAUUGUCUUCAGGUAACAGAGGAUGUUCAUUAAUAUCUGGAACUAGAAACUAGUGGUUGUGGUAGUGAAUGUAAAUCAGGGUUCAAAAAAGACUUGAAUAAUUUCCAGCUUGUCCUUUGGGCAAGCAGUUGUCACAUUUUGAUUGGCCGGGGUCACUUCUUGCUGGUCUUAGUUAAUGAUAUAGUUAGAAGAUGACUUGCUUAGACACUUGCCCAUUGGGCAAGUGAAUUUUGAAAGUUACUUGCCCAGCAAGAAAAUCUUCUUGUUCUGGAUGACAAGAGACUUUUUUCAAGCCCUGGUAAAUUUGUUAAUGUGCUAAAUUUCAUUUAUGUCUUGUUGUAGGAUUUGCCCAAACCCUCAGAAGUGAUGAUUCGCAAGUGGCUUGCCCAGAGUGCUUGGUCAGCUCGCUCUAUUAGCAUUCCAUUGACUGGUUUUACUCCUAAAUCAGAAACUGGAAAAACUGGUUUAGUCAACUUGGGUAACACUUGUUACAUGAACAGCGUGAUACAGGCACUAUACAUGCUAGAGGAGUGAGUUAUCGUUUGUAUCUUAUUUUAUUUUUACUUAUUUUGGCUGUAAACCUUCCACCAGUUAGAGUCGAUUACAGUGACACUGGAUAACAUAGCUUGAGUAAACAGCUGACAUUUCACAAUGCUAGCACUGGUUUCCCCACAAAAUGAUGUCUGAGAAACAAGUGCAGAAAUUCGCUGUGUAUGACAUGUCACCGCCCAGAAUAUGGGUGUGGGUAUCUGAUUGGAUGAAGCAAAUUUCCCUCGCGGCAGGACCAAUGAGAAACCCCACCCAAAUCUGGGUAGCGACAUGUCAUAAGUAUGGAAUAUCUUCAGUUGCUCCUCAGAUGUCCUUUCGCAGGGGAAACCAGUAGUGGCGCCACAAAAUGUUGUCUGUUUUCUAAUGCCAUGGUUAACAGUGAUGGCAAAUUAUAAGAAUUCUUAGCCGGUAAUUUUCUCCUCUGAUCGUUUGUUUGAUUCAGUUGCCUUCCUUCUAAAGCAUAUACCAGAAACUGAAAGAUUACUAUCAAUAUUACAGGUUCCGUUACAUGAUAUUUGGACGUUAUUCUAGCACUAGCCAGCCACUGCUACAUCACCUACAGGAAGUGUUUGCAUUUCUGACUCUGUCACAGGUACUUUCAUCAGAAUAAAUUCCUCCUUGGCUGGGAAUGAUUAAUGAUAAUCAUUUGUAAGCUUUAUAAGGGUACUGAUGCAGGAACGGAUCCAGGAAUUUUCAUUUACUGCAUCAAAACUGGUCUGGGGCAAGAGGACUUUAGUGCAGAGUAGGAACUGAUACUUGGACAUUAGUUAUAGGGCGGCCUGAACCGGAACGUGGUUUAGGCAAGGCUAAGAGUUGAUGAGGGUCUCAGAGAGCCAUCAGCACACCAUUCCCUGCAAAAAUGUUCUGAAUACCACUAGGGCGGGGGGACAUUUGUCAAACACCUUUGAAUUACAAAAAUUUCAAUCAUGCUGCCUCCAGGGUAAUCAAGUUAUUGACUAGUAACAAAUGCAGUUGUACGACAGAAAAGAUGGGUUAUUUAUUUUUCUUUUGUUGUGAUUAUUAUUUUGACAGAGAUCAGCCAUUGCCCCUUCUAAGUUCCUUAAAGUUGCCAGACCUCCAUGGUUUGCUCCAGGAACCCAGCAAGACUGCUCCGAGUUCCUCAAGUUUCUUCUGGACAGGAUCAGUGAAGAAGACAAAUCACUCAAUGAAAGUAACGAGAGCGAUUCGCUAAAAACACCACUCAUUGACGAGACCUUCGCAGGGACGCUCUUAGUUUGUCUCUGCUGUCGCGGUUGUAACAACACUUCUUGCAGGGAAGAGGUCUUCACGGAUUUGCCCCUCUCGUUUCCUCAAGCUGGAGAACUGGAAGGCAGGGUAGAUUCAGUAAAAAAUGAGAAUUCGUUUGCAGGUAAAGAACCUGUUGAACAUUCAGAUGUAACAGCCUCUGCAAGCUCAGCUGCUAGCUCAGAAAGAAGUCUUAAAGGAGGCGACAUCAGCCAUACAACUUGCACACCUGAAUUAGCUGCAAAGACUAUUGAAGAGAACGAAGCUGUGGCAGGCACUUCAACAUCAGACAAUUCGGUGUCAUUUAGUUCGGGGACAACCUUAGCGACAAAGUUUCAGGAAUCAAGUUUACGGAGCGAUAAGCCAGAGAUAUCAAUCACUGAGUUGCUAGAGUACUUUUUUGAGCCUGAAAUUUUGGAAGGUUCCAAUCAAUAUCAUUGCGAGCAGUGCCAUAGUUUACAAGAUGCAGAGAGAACUGUCACAAUUUCCAAAGCGUCUGAUUUUUUAGUGUUGACGCUAAAGAGGUUUGCCUACAAUGUGCGGACACAGCAAAGGUCUAAAAUAUUACAAGGCGUUUCAUACCCGCUUAUUUUGAGGCUUCCGAAGGCGCAUUUGAAGAAAAGUCUCAGUACAAGAGAAACAAAGCACUCGGAAACUCAUGAUUUAACCACAGGUGUUCUUGAAGAAAAACGAGAAGAUAUUAACGAGACAUGCUUUAGAUCUAAAAGGACCAAACAAGAACAUAAGGUUUUGGACGACAAUGCUGACUGUGAUAGCGUGAUAACAUCUUUUGAAGAGAAACCUUCGUCAGAUAUAGUGUACUCUCUGUGUUCAGUGAUAGUUCACUCGGGGACUUCCUCAGAAAGUGGACACUACUAUUGUUAUGCUCGUUCAUCGUCGCAUCUGUUGGAGGAAGGAGAAAGAGACGAUGGCGCGGCUAGUUCUAGAACAGAUGAUCAACACACUUGGUUUCUCUUUAAUGACAGUCGUGUGUCUUAUUCGGCAUAUAGUGCGUUUGCUGACGUAUCUAAGCGUUUCCCAAAGGACACUCCUUAUGUGUUGAUAUACAAGCGUGUCGGUGGUGUCACAGUCACCCCAGUCGAGAGCAGUAGUGAUGAGUCACAGUACAACUUGAUUUGCAAGGAAAUCAGGCCGGAGCUUGCUGAUAUUGUUAAUCGUGACAACCUUUUAUAUCUGCAGGUAAGUCAAUAACCGUUUUUGCUGAGACUAAGUAACUUGUCAUGCUUCAGAACAGAAGAAAGCCGACUUGCUCGCACAUAUUACGAAGGCUCACUCUACGAAGUUAUGCAAAGGUGACUUGUCCGUAAAGAAAUCUAUAGGUAAACGUGUUGCUCCUGUAGACAGAUUUGUUUUGCACACUAAACGUAUUGUUUUUGUUUGUUUGUUUGUUUGUUUGUUUUUUAUGUUUCCGUGCCUUCGCCAUCGUAGUCGUGACUUUUAGGUUUGACUUCGAGUACGACUUUGAAAUUUCGGGCUUAUUUAUCACCCAACUUUAACCUUUCCUGUUAUUAACUAGUACAUAGAUAAACAUUAGGGAGAAGAUUGGUGCGUUAAGGAAUAAUAAGUACCGCUGGCUAUGGCUCUCUAGGCGUUCACGUGAUCGACCAAACGAGGCUAAAUGAGAGCCAAAAAGUAGGGGAUACAUUAAAAAAACAUUUUUUGGAGUGUAAUGUACCUCUCUUGUCUACAGGAGCAAGAACGCCAGAUGAUUAAUGCUUCUAAACGAAAGGCUUGGUCACACAGCUAUCAGCCACCUGAUGACGACGAUGACAACAACCGGGGUCCCCCCGGGAAUUGCGGUAGUGGUCCAGGAUUUACAACACCUUUUAACCGGUUUGUCUUCUAGUUAAUCUGGUUAAACCGGUCGUGCCCAGUGACUGGUUCAUGGAAUGAACAUUUACAAAUUGUAUAUGACAAUUGGUAGCUCUGAGUCUUAGAUAUGUUAUCAGCUCUAAAGCGAUGGGUUUCAACUAGUUUAGUCAGAAAAUGGUUAGAACAUUGUACAGGUUUGAUUACCAUACCAAAAGAGGUUUCUCAGUUUCUCUCUUUAAUCUUGGCUGCGCGAGUGAAAGACCCCUAACAGUAGAAUACAAAUUGUUUGUGAGAAAUUUAACGGGAAAUUCAACGCAUGAGGUCGUCUUAUUUUGCAUUUUAUCAAAAUAUCGUUAUUAUUAGUAUUAUUAUUAUUAUUAUUAUUAUUAUUAUUAUUAUCAUUAUUAUUAUUAUUAUAAAUUCCACCCCUAAAACACAGAAGCGUCGCUUUUUCUCAGAACUGAUUACAACGCUGUUUAGACACUGUAAUCACCGCAAACAAAGUUAGUAUGUUAAGUGCUCUUAGAGGGUUUAGUUAAACCUAACGAGAUCUGUCUAAUUGAGUGUUGGACUGUUCGGUUUCUUGUUCAUGACCAGUGGGUGUAGUCUUAGCCUCCCACGCAGGCGUUUUUAGGGGAGCUCGUUUUUCAUCCCUCCCCACAAACGCCUGCUCAACCGAAGACAACAUUCCUUUCCCGAGCUUAGCCAAUCACAUUGUACUUUCCAAAUUCUGGAAAGUUGACCGUGACCGCAAGGUAAUCUGAUAAUUACUCGAUCUGCAUUAAACACAGGGAAAACUUUCUGACCUCUAAUAAAUGUUACAUUCAGAGCGGCAAAAAUAAGCUUUAGUUAAAAUUUAGAAUACUCCAUGGACUGCAUAACCUUAGCGAAGGAAAGAAAAGAAGGAAAACGGUAACUCUAGGGUCACGUUCAGUCGUGUUUAGCCUGUCAACACUUUAUUGCACAAUUGUUGAUUGGUCACUUACCACGCAAAUAAAACAAUGGGAAAGGAAUGUUGUUUUCCGUUGAGCAGGUGUUUGUGGGGAGGGAUGAAAAACGAGCUCCCCUAAAAACGUCUGCGUGGGAGGCUAGUGUAGUCUUGGUGUUCUAAGAAUCUUAGGGCCUGUUUACACGGAGGUGGGGGACCCUAGGUAGGUGAGAAAACCCGCCUGUCCACAUAAUCUCUCAUUUUGAUUUGAUUACGUUUACAUGAUAGGUGGGGUGACCCGCCGCAUUUUACCUCACCUAUCUGGGGUCCCCCACCUCCAUGUAAACUGGCCCUUAGAUAACCAGAUUAAGACCAUCAAUUGAGGAAAUAACAGUCU